AUGUAUUUAUUUUUUUCUCCUAUUAUGCUAACUUCAGAUUCAGCUAUAACUACUAUUAAUGCUUUUAAAGCCGUUCUUCUAAUUUUACUAUUUUUUGGAACGUUUUUGGCAUCAACGUCAUUUCUUUUGAUCAAAAAAUAUAUUAUGGGAGGAGCUGAAAGCAAUCAUUCCUCACAUUUUGGACGAAAACUAAUCUCUUUAAUCUCCUGUUUUGGUGGCGGUGUUUUCUUAGCAACUUGUUUACUUGAUUUAUUACCUGACUCAAUUAACGGAAUCAAAAGUGCUGAGAAACGACUUGGGUAUCAAAUUAAAUUUCCUUUGCCUGCGUUUUGUGUUUCGCUUGGUUUUCUGAUUGUUUUAAUUUUAGAGCAGGUUCAUGCUUUUAUUUUUUCUUUUAUGUUAAACGAUUUGUCAUUAUUUCUACAUUUACUGACAAUCAUGGACAUAUUCAGAACAAUUAUUUAUGCUAAUAAACGCAAUUGGCUAAGCAAUUCAUUUAUGGAGCGUCUUUCCCGCCGUGAGGAUGGUCAUGGUAUUUUAACUUUAAACAGAAGAACCAAUUCAAAUGAAAAUUUGGAAAAUGCUCAUCUUUUGGAAAAUGAUGAUAAUGAAUUAGAAUCAAAUGAAGAUUAUUCUAUAUUUAGAAUACUUUUAAUGGUCUUUGCUUUAUCAUUACAUGCUGUUUUUGAAGGGCUUUCUGUUGGAAUGAUGACUGAUGUUAAUUUAUUAUUGCAGGUUUUCUUUGCUCUUCUCAUUCACAAAACAAUUGUUGGAUUCAGUCUAGGCCUACGUUUGGUUCAAUCCCGUCUUCAUCCUCCAACCGUUGUUCUAUGUUGUGCAGUUUUUUCCCUACAAGUCUGUAUUGGUGGCUUUACUGGAUUGGCUGCAACUGCUUGUGGUACCUUUCUUUAUGUAACAGCAUUUGAAAUUCUUCCACAUGAAUUGAAUAAUGAUUCUAAUAUUCCGCAAAAAAUGUUAUCUCUCGUCUUAGGUUUUGCUUUAAUUUCGAUAUUUAUUGCUUUAUUUCCUGAUUCUGAUUCUUGA